AACGUUAGAAAUUUAGGACAUGACUGUGGAAGUGAAACACAGAUGCCUGGGAACAAACCACUGGGUCGUGAAUAGACAGAGCUGAAGCGGAACAUGAGAUAAAUUUUAACGUUUGGUGUGGUGUGAUUCAGCCGAGAGAUGAGAUGCAAUAAUAAAAACAAACAGAAAUAUCAUUAAUAACAGCUUUUGUUUCAGGAAAAAGGCAACUGCUUUGUCAGGAUCCUCAGAUAUCAUCUUUCAUAACCAGAAUAAUGAAACCGAGUGUUUUCCUUUUGCUGCUCCUCUUAAGAACAAGUUCGACUUCCAGUUACCAAAAUGUGGCCUUGCGUGGUACAGCAGCCCAGUCGAUCUCUGAAAACAACAUCCUCUCAGCUGCCCACAAUGCAAUUGAUGGAAACCGUAACUCUGACUUCAGGGCAGGAUCGUGCACACUCACUAGUGCACAGAUGAGUCCCUGGUGGAGAGUGGACCUGCUUCAGUCCUACAUCAUCACUUCUGUCACCAUCACCAACAGAGGAGACUGCUGUCAUGAAAGGCUAAAUGGGCUAAAGAUCCACAUAGGCAACUCUUUGGACAACGAAGGUUUAGGAAACCCAAAAGUUCGUGAAAUUUCUGAAGUUGGUGCUGGCAUAUCCUUCAAUGUGACUUUCACUGACCGAGCAGAGGGGCGCUAUGUUAUAUUGACUCUGCCUGGUUCAAGAAAGAUUCUCACACUCUGUGAGGUGGAAGUCUAUGGAUACCUUUCUCCAACUGGAGACAAUCUUGCACUUCAAGGAAAAGCCACACAGUCAUCAUUGUAUGGAUUUGGAUUUGCAUACAAUGCUAUUGAUGGAAAUCGUAACAGCAAGUGGGCAGAGGGCUCCUGCACUCACACAAACAACAACAUCAGCCCCUGGUGGCGACUUAAUUUGCGCAAAACCCAUAAAGUGUUUUCUGUUCAAAUUGUCAACAUUGACUCCAACCCCGAACGACUCAAAGGAGCUGAGAUUCGCAUUGGAGAUUCCCUUGACAACAAUGGCAACAACAACCCCAGGUGUGCAGUGAUCACAAACAUCGCAGGAGGUGCUGUUGCUAAUUUCACAUGCAAUGGAAUGGACGGCCGCUAUGUGAACAUUGUCAUCCCGGACCGAGAAGAGUUCCUAAGUCUGUGUGAAGUUGAAGUGUAUGGAUCUAAACUUGAUUAGGUCCAUAACAUUCAACUUUUACACAUGAUCAUAUGAACCAAAACUCAUCUGUCACUUACUACUCACUUAAUCAUAUCUAUCUCUCUAUCUAUCUCUCUAUCUCUCUAUCUAUUAUAUAAUCCUACCAGUGGCUACACAAAGCUGAACUGAAAGACAGCACAGAGGCACUAAUCAUGGCAGCACAGGAACAAGCUCUGAGCACAAGAUCCAUAGAGACUGGGGUUUAUUACACCAGGCAAGAGGAGGGUGAAGGUAACAGUGGUCCCAGUGGUAAUUGGAGCAUUCGGUGCAGUGACUCAAAGCUAGCCAAGUGGCUCCAGCAGAUCCCAGGAACAAGAUCCGAGAUCUCUGUCCAUAAGAGAGCGCAGUGCUAGGAACAGCAAGGAUACUGGGCAGGACCCUCAAGCCCCCUGGCCUCUGAUAGAGGACCUAGGCUUGAAUGAUAAAGAGCGUCCGGAGGGGAGAGAGAGGAAUUUUUAAAUAAAACAAACAAACAAAAAAAACACAUACUUUUUACACCCAUCUCGCCCCUGCAGGCAGUUUUAUCUGACAUAUGAAUUUUGAAUACAUAUACAUAUAUAUAUAUAUAUAUAGAUAUAUAUAUAUAUAUAUAUAUGUAUAUAAACAUGUAUACAACCUGCACGUCCUGAUAGAUGUCUGGAAAUGUUUUCAUUCCAGCUCCUAAUUUUUUUUCCUACCAUAAGCAAUUGAUGGAUUGUCAUUGUACCUGCUGAAGAAAAGGCUGUAUGUAACGAUUAUUGAAAUACAAUAAAACCAUUUAAAACCUUU